GGAUUGACUGUAUAGCCAAUACAUCCUUAAAUUACCUGGAUCAUCAGUCUUUUGAAAUAAAGAAUGUAUUUAUUGAUUCUUGAAUUGAUGAUUAAUAUGAUUGUUAGUAUUGGUAAAAAGUGUACGGAUUGGUGAGACUUGGAGGUGUGUCGGGGCAUGAUUUAACGUGGGAUGGUUGGUGCAUGCCUUCGGUGGUGAUGAGUACGGGACCGAAGGCGAGCCUUAUACUUAUACCAUGGUGCGGGUUCAAUGUGUUCAGUUUUGCUAUGACCGUCGAGUGAUCACGAGACACAGGCAGAACUCCUGUUUCGAGUCCUGUACAGUUUCAAGAAAGAGGAUACAGAAUGGAAUUCCGAACGUUUGUAAUGAUACUUUUAUGCGUCUGUUGUCGCGCGAACGAAUUGAAACCGAAUGACGUCGACUCGACGACGGAGUCCAAUGAACCACCGGAAGGAUACUACGCAUUCGUAAAGUCGCCGAACGCCGAACCGCCAAAAGUGAGGCCGCCGCCUUACAUAGACAGCGACAAAGAAUGUUACGACACCGGUAAAGGAAAGGGUUACGUCUCCAUUCAUAAUAUCUGCGGCGAUCUUAAUAAGGGAUACAUACCGCGGAAUCCUAUGAAUCAAUAUUUCAAUGGCUCCUCGUAUCCAUUCACGCUGAUAAAGAAUCAUACGUUGAAAUUCUUAAGCAAGGCAUUGCCUAUACUCAAGGCUGACGAUUCUUUGCCAAAAGUCGCCACGGUUCAUUCCUACUCCCAAAAUUCAGUCGAUACCGAUGAGAAAAGAAGUAGAAGCAAACGAUCCUCCGAUUCGGAAAGCGCGUUAGACACUUUAAGGAACGGUCGUAAAUUCUGUGAAAACGGCGGCGGAGUGGUUUGCAUGUUGUACAAAGCUAUACAAGGCGAGCCGUUGGCCACUUCGGCAGCCGAGCGACGGGACGAGCCUUCGACGCCCGAGUACCGUCAACGAACACCUCCACAAGAGAAACCAGAGUACACCGGGCCACCCACUCCUUGUCCGGCUAAAGUGGAGUACGCGACACCAGUAUUCGCGAAAAACUAUCAAGGAGUCUGGCGCUACGUGGUCCAGAUACCUUACGAAGGCUACUUCACGCAAACCAUAGAAGUUACCAGAUGCAUGCAAUCGAGGUGUCACUACUUGGACGGUGGCUGUCUGUCGUCACCGAGGUGGACUAGCCUACUCGUAGCAGAGAUAUUUUACCCAGACACCUUCCUAGAAGAGAAUCAGAACACUAGGAUCAGUGGUUUAAGGGAUCCAGCCAGUUCACCACCGCCUGUGCACGAUUUCCAAAACUAUCAACAAUAUUUACAAAAACGUGCUGGCGAAAACGAGGCACGUAACAGUGGAUCGCAUCACUGCGACGGUGUCGACGAAAUGGGUUGCUUCCAGGUGAGACUGUAUUACGAUUGGUUCCUGGUGCCAGGAAGCUGCAAGUGUUGGCGGCCAGACUACUUCAACCGCUACGUUCGCCGAAGCGGAACUAACGCUGAAUUAUGAUCGAGAAAAAAGCGUCGCAUAUCGGGACGCGUUCGUGAUACGUUCCAUCGCGAGAUUAUUAUUAUUUGUUUGAUAGUAAUCAUUAAUCGCGAAAUCUCUUUAUUACGUGUAUUUUCAGAUAACGAACGUUGUUUGAGAUACAAUCUGAAGACGGCGUAACGUUUUUUAACGUAAAAUUACAAUUGCAUCGUUGUGCACUUAAAGACUGAAGAGAAAUACCGUUGUAAACGCAUGAGGAAGUUCGCUUCAACGUUUUGUAUUGACGCGAAUUUUUCCAUGUCGCAAGACAAAGACAACUCCCUUUCCUCGUUACCCCGGUGUUAAUACGUAUUUCAGUGGUAUCGACGUUAUAUCAACUCGAAGAUAAUUAGAAUUUUCAUAAUAAAUAAACUCGUUACAUAUCUAAGAUA